AUGAUGCAGGUGAUUGCUGCGUCUGGAUCAGUAGUUGCUCAGCUUGAUGAGGAGGAACUGCGUCACAUGGUGGAAAGCGGGAAAGUUGUUAGGGACCUCAAGCGACUUCUUUCAGCUCUGCUUGGGUGCUCAAGGUUUCAGCAAAGACUCUUCAGUGACGAAAUUGGUGAGUUGGAGGAUGACUUACCUUUGACACCACUACCAAGUGUGCAACUGGUACUCCUGCCUCUGCGUGUUCCAGAUGAGAACAUGCAGAAAGAACUUCUUCGGAGCUGCCGGGAGAAUCAGGUUGCGCAUCUCGAAAGACUGCUUCACCAGCCACAGGACCCGACCGGAAGAGGUGUGUUUCUUGCGGCUGAGAAUGGCCACCUGGAAGUUGUGCAAUUGUUGCUGGAGGCUGGAGCUGACAAAGAUGCAGCAGACGCAAAUGGGACAACGGCUUUGCACAUGGCAGCUGUGUUUGAACACCUGGAAAUUAUGGAAUUGUUGCUGGAGGCUGGAGCUGACCAGGAUGCAGCAAAUGCAGAUGGGACAACGGCUUUGUACAUUGCAGCCCGGGGGGGGCAUGUGGAAGCUGUGCGCUUGCUGCUCGGGGCUGGAGCCCGCUUAGAUGCGACAGAUGGGGAGACGCCUUUGUACAUCGCAGCCCAGAAAGGCCACUUGGAAGUUGUGCGAUUGCUGCUCGAGGCUGGAGCUGACAAAGAUGCGGCAACAACAAAUGGGGAAACGGCUUUGUACAUUGCAGCGCAAAAUGGUAACUUGAAUGUUGUGCGAUUGUUGCUCGAGGCUGGAGCUGACAAAGACACUGCAACUGAAAUUGGUGCAACGGCUGUGCUUAUUGCUGGGCUGAGGGGUCACUUGGAGGUUCUGCAAUUGUUGCUCGAGGCUGGAGCUCACACAGAUGUAUCAGCGGCAGAUGGUCUCUAA